UUUUUUUUUCCCCUUAAGAUGGAGGGGAAGGAGGGGUGCUCUUAAUUGACAAGUGUGACUCAAGCUUUGCCAACAUCGAACAGCUACAUAUGCGACAUAACCGAAACAACUUUAAUAAUAUGCAACUCUUAUACUGACAAGUAGAACAACGCAACAACAACGCAUGAAAAGUAUAAUAACAGUUCUUUUUCACAAUCGAGAAUGGAGUCCUCGACGGUGAGCCCAUCUCCUUACGGGGACCUCACUAGCCACAUACUCCGAUCUCUUGAUAAAUCUUCGCCCCUGCUAUCCGCCGCUGCCUUCCCAACCGCCAGCUUCGUCGAAGUGAAAGCAUCUCUGGAUCGAUUAGCCUCACGAGAAAUGGUCGUGUACGAUACUAUAGAAAGAGAAGAGGCUAUACUAGAAUCCGAGGGCGAGCAGAUCGCUGCUGAUGGUAGUCAUGAGGCCCGCAUAUUCAGUGCCUUACGUGCUGCCGUCGAUGGUCUCACCAUCCAGGAUCUAGAGAAGACCAUCGGGGACAAGAACGUUGUUAAGAUAGGACAAGGAAGGGCAUUCAAGGAGAAGUGGAUAUCCAAGACUAAAGACGGCAAGUUCAAGGCAGCAAUGGACUCAAUACGAGAUACAACCAAGGAGCAGUUGCAGACCAUUAAGGAUACACGAACAUAUCCGGACGCAAAACUACUGGCUGACCUGAAAAAACGAAAGCUUAUCAGGAUGCAGAAGAUCAUCAGCUUCAAAAUUCACAAGGGUGCCAAAUUCGCGCUCAAGAUCCCCGAGGAAGCUACGGAUCUAACCGCUGAUAUGAUUGCUACCGGCUCGUGGAGGACGGCCACAUUUAAGCCUUACAAUUUCAAGGCUUCAGGAGCAGAUCAGCACUCAGGUGCAUUGCAUCCGCUCAACAAGGUCCGUGCCGAAUUUAGGCAAAUAUUCUUUGAGAUGGGAUUCGAGGAGAUGCCCACUGAUAAGUUCGUUGAGUCGGGCUUCUGGAACUUCGACGCUCUCUUCGUUCCACAGCAACAUCCAGCUCGUGACCUACAAGAUACUUUCUAUAUUUCUGACCCAGACGCCGCCGAGAUACCACGAGCAACGUCGCUCGAGGACGAAAAGGACUACGGUGCCUAUUGGGAAAACGUGAAGGCGGUUCAUCAGAAUGGCAAGUAUGGCUCGAUCGGCUACCGUUAUCCUUGGUCGGGUGAUGAAUCCUUACGACUCGUACUUCGUACCCACACGACAGCUAUCAGCGCAAACAUGCUACAUAAAUUAGCAUCAGGGAAGGGACCGGAUGGACGCCCACCUCCGGCCCGUUAUUUUUCCAUCGACCGAGUGUUCCGUAACGAGAGCGUUGAUGCAACGCAUCUUGCCGAGUUUCACCAAGUCGAAGGAGUCAUUGCUGACAGAGAUCUAACUUUGGGCGGGCUUAUGGAGUUCAUGGAUAUCUUCUUUGGCAAGAUGGGCAUAACUGACCUCAAGUACAAGCCAGCAUAUAACCCUUACACCGAACCCAGCAUGGAGAUUUUCUCGUACCAUAAGGGCCUUGGUAAGCUCAUUGAGAUAGGAAACAGCGGUAUGUUCCGCCCAGAAAUGUUAGAAGCAAUGGGCUUUCCGAAAGAUACACGUGUAUACGGAUGGGGUCUUUCGUUGGAACGGCCAACGAUGAUUAAGUACGGAAUUUCUAAUAUUCGCGAGUUAUUAGGUCAUAAAGUGGACUUGAAUUUCGUUCAAAGCAGCGCAGCUGUACGGUUAAAUAAAGAUUAAACGAUAUGCCCGAAGUUUACUAGGGUUCUUGUCUCGGAGUGGAAAUAAAACUUUUGCCCGAUUAAGACUAGUGAAUUACUUAAGUAAGAAAUAAGAAAAUGGAGGACCCCCUGGUUGGGGGUUACAAUAACCCG